AUGUUAUCUCGUCGCGCCCUCACCGUUCUUGCCCUCGUCUCCGUCACUGCGGUCAUCUUCCUCAUCUCCUCGAGGAGACUCGGCGGCGACUGGGCGAUCGAAGGUCCCAACUACCACCCCUUCAAAGGCCACAGCCCACCUCCACCUCCCGGAAGCUCCCCCAGCGCAGGCUCCGAUGGUCGUCCCCCGCCUCCGCCGCCCCCGAGCUACCAAGACGACCGCCUCGCACAGCACAAUGUAUCGAAUCAAGACAUUCCCUACCGUCCUCAUGACCCCAUCUGCGACUCCUUCCCCGACACGAGCAACAUCCUCGUCGUCAUGAAGACGGGCGCAACCGAGUCCUUCGACAAGGUCCCUACUCAGCUCAUGACCAUGCUCAAGUGCUUGCCCGAAUACUUCAUCUUCUCCGACCUCGACCAGACAGUCGCAAACUACCACAUUCGGGACAGUCUCGACAAUGUUCUUCCCGAGGCUAUGGAAGGCAACCAAGAUUUCGAUCUCUAUCGUCGCCAAAAGGCUUGCCAGGCCGAUCAGCAGAGCUGUAACAAACUGGCUGUAAGCAAGGACGAGGGCUGGAAUCUCGACAAGUACAAGAAUGUCCAUAUCGCCGAGAAGACCUACCGUAUGCGACCCAACUACGACUGGUACAUUUUCAUCGACGCCGAUACCUACGUGCUCUGGCCCACGCUUGUCCAGUGGCUCAAGAACCUGAACCCCAAGAACAAGCACUAUCUCGGCAGUGUCACCAUGAUUCGCAACUUCGUCUUUGGCCACGGCGGCAGCGGCUACAUUGUCUCUCAGACGGCUAUGCACGACAUGAUGGCGGACCAUGAGGAUGUUGGCAACAAGUGGGAUAUCCGUGCAGGCAAAGAAUGCUGCGGAGACUACAUAUUUGCGCUAGCCAUGAAGGACAACGCCGACGUCAACGUUCAUAAUGUGUGGCCUACGAUCAACGGCGAAAAGCCCUUUACCCUUCCAUAUGGACCUACUCACUGGUGCCAUCCCAUCGUGACGAUGCAUCACAUGAAUGCCGAGGAGAUAUCCACUUUCUGGGAAUACGAGCACAAGCGCUACUCCGACCCUAGCCUUCCCCAGCCGCCUCCAGUCAUGCGCAUCAAGGAUAUCUACCACGAAUUUUUUGCACCUCGUAUGCAGCCUGAGCGCGCCGACUGGGAUAACCUCGCCGAUGACCGAUUUUUCCUCGACGAAUCAGCCAAUAAGCACCAAGACUGGCAACUCAGCCGGGCCAAAAAGGAAGACUUGACAGAGGAGGAGAAGGUUGCGCACUUAUCCUUUGGCAACUGCCGUAAGGCCUGCGAGGCCGACGGGUCCUGCUUCUCAUUCCAGUACAAGGACGGCGUUUGCGGCUUCAGUUGGGCAUGGAAGCUCGGCCAUCCCGUCAAGCGCGAGUCUACAGACGUGAAGCGCACAAUGUCCGGCUGGGCUGUAGAGAAGAUUAACGCCUGGAUUGAGCAGCAGGGCGAGUGCGGACCCGUCAAAUGGCCCGAUGUCUGA